UUGCUCUGUUAUUGAUGUUCUGUCCUCUCUGGAUAUGAUCCCGUACAAACUUAUCUUUAAUUUGUUAAUUAAUUGACCGUUUGUUUCAACUUGUUUCACCUAUUAAUGAUAAACACUUCUGUUUUGGCGUGAUUAGAAGAUGCAGAUUAGUAGCUUGCAUCAUAAACUACGACAUAACAGAGGUAAUCUGCUUAUGGAGAGGGAUAUACUAAAAAACUUUACCCAGCUUCAGAAGGCAAGGGACAUUACCCAAUCUGUCUAUACUGAGGAACUAAUUGAAAGCAAAAUAAAAUACAUCAUGCCUGUAAUAGAUGGAACAAGAAAUCAACGCAAGAUCAACCGGCGAGACAAAAAGAAAGACAUCCUGUCACUAGACAAGCGUUUAAAUUUUCUGGAAAGGAAAUUAGCAAAGAUUUAUCCAAAAAUGGAAGCUGUUUUAGAUGGUUCAAAUGUAUUAUGCAAAUAAUUCCAAAAUUUGCAAUAACUUGUAUUGUCAAUAAUCUAGAUCGAUUCCCGAUCUCGUUUAGCUACUGCAAUACAAAUGUACCGUCUAUAAUAAGAAA